GCAAAAUAUAUUGUGUUAAUAAUGCUGCAUCAAGGCAUAAUCUUAAGGGAAGGCCAUAUAACGCGAACCAUCUACAAUUUGAUCAAAGACAAACGCUACGAUGAUGUGAUUGAGUGCAUGGUGAGUUUCGGUGAGGCAGCUAACACCAGAGCGGGUCUCUCUACGCUGGGCUAUUGCUACUAUCACGCACAGAAAUAUGAAGAGGCCGCGACUUGCUACGAGCAAUUGUGCACGCUGGUGCCAAAGGAAGCAAAAUAUAAAUUUUAUUAUGCACAAUCGCUCUACCAGGCGGGUAUUUUCGGGGAUGCACUGCGCACCUUAAAGCAAAUCAGCGAACACGAAGGACUGCGGGAGUCUUGCUUACAACUACAGAGCGCCAUACUCUACUCCAGUGAGGACUUUGCGGGCGCGCAGAGCGUAUUGAAUCAACGUGCCGCCGGCAAUGCGGAAACACUCAACGAUGAAGGCUGUCUACUCUUUCAUGCCGACCAAUUUGAGAAGGCGGUACAGCGUUUCUCGAACGCUUUGAAGGUGGGCGGCUUUAAUCCGCUGGUGGCAUACAAUUUGGCAUUAUCGCAUUUUCACAAGAAGGAAAAGACCCAAGCCGUUGAAUACACUACGGAGAUUGUGGACCGCGGCAUACGCAAUCAUCCGGAGUUGGGCAUUGGCGCGCAAAUCGAUACUGACGGCAGUGCGCGCAGUGUUGGCAAUCCAAUUACGAUGGCCAUGUCGGGCAUAACACAGGCGUUGAACUUGAAAGCGGCUAUCGAGUAUCAGGAUGGCAAUUUGGAUGCGGCACACGAUUCGCUGUUGGAUUUGCCGCCACGCUCCGAAAGUGAAUUAGAUCCGGUUACAUUGCAUAAUAUGGCAUUGACCGAUCCGAAAGGUCCGGUAGCCGGUUUGCGAAAAUUGGCGUUUCUUUUGCAGCUUGGACCACCAGCUUGUCCCAAGGAGACUUUUGCGAAUAUCUUAUUGAUUUGUUGUAAACAUGAAAUGUACGAAAUGGCUGCCGAUAUACUGGCGGAGCAUACGGAUCUAACCUAUAAAUAUCUGUCGCAGUAUCUCUACGAGCUGCUCGACGCUUUGAUAACUGCACAAACCUCUUCGGAAUUGGCAGAGAAAAAAUUAGGAGUCUUAGCCUCGAGCUUAGCGGGCAAACUACGCAGUCUGGCUGCCAAAGUGCAAGAGAUGCGCGGCACCACCGAUCAACUGGCGCUACGCAGUGCUCUGCAGGACUACGAGAACGCUUUGGAACUUUACAUGCCGGUUGUGUUGGCACGCGCUUGGAUUUACUGGCGUGAUGACGACUUUGUCGGCGCCGAGCGUGAGUUCCGCGCCAGUGCUGAAUUCUGUUCGGAGAACUCCGUUUGGCGUCUCAAUGCCGGUCACGUGCUCUUCAUGCAGGGCGACAAGUACAAAGAGUCCGCAGCAUUCUAUGAGCCGAUCGUACGGCAGCACAAUGAUGACAUAAUGUCAGUUCCCGCGGCGGUUUUAGCAAAUCUCUGCGUCUCAUACAUAAUGACCUUUCAAAAUGAAGAAGCCGAGGAGCUGAUGCGCAAAGUGGAGAAAGCCGAAGAAUUGAAGGGCAACAUGGGCAAGCAGUAUCAUCAUUUGUGCAUAGUUAAUCUAGUUGUGGGCACACUGUAUUGUGCGAAAUCCAAUUAUGAAUUCGGUUUGUCGCGCAUUGCGCACGCUUUGGAUGGCGGCAAUGGUGCUCGUCUCUAUGCAGACACUUGGCUGCAUGUGAAGCGUUGUGUGUUGGGUCUACUCACAGGUAUGGCGAAACAGAAUAUUAUUCUGCCAUAUCCAGCUGUGCAGGAGGUGCUGAAUUUCUUGAAAUCUUGUGAAGUUUACGGUCUCUUCACACCCGCCAACAUCUAUGCCGCCACUGACGAAGUGCCCGCUGAACCCUUAACCAUCGGCUUGGAAGCAAGAAAGCUGCGUCUACUGUUGAUUAAACUGAGCGAAUAUGAGCAGUGAACUGAAUUUUAUAAAUUAUAAAGUUGUUUCGUAUG